GAACCGUCAAGCCCACCCUUCCGGAUCGAUCUAUUUAAGCCCAGAAAGCUUGGCGCCCGUGAUUACGACUUGUACAUGUCCUGCUAUUCACCUAUAGCUCGUGGAUAAGUGAGAUCUUAGACGAAGAAGCACUGUAAACUUCAAAGUUGCACAGCUGUCCCAUCUUGACCACCAACGUUGGCUCAACAGCACAAUCCACCGCCGUCAACAUGGUCCUACAGCACGGAGACGAGCAUCAAAUCCCAGAUGACCAUAAGAUCCAUAAAAAGGGCGCCUGGCUGCCUGCGGACAGCCGUGUCCACAAGGAGUGGCUGAACCGGCAGGUUGAGCACGUCGACCAGAAUCCCAAAGAGCUCAUCCCGGUGCUGCAAGAGUUCAAGAACUUCAUCGAGUCGAACCCGCGCAUCCGUAUGCUCUUCACCCAGAUGUGGGACGAGAUCCCCCAGAAGAAGCCCUACAACAAGGACCCCACAGGCCACAAGGCAAUCAGGGAUUAUGGCCACAUGCUCGCAGUCCUAAACCACGUCUUUUCGCGUGCGCCAGAGUGGACAGAUGCCGCAGAGAACGUAGGCAUGGUGGGUGUGCCCAUGUGUGCUAUUUUCGACUACGCCAUGGCCACCCCGAGCGGCCACGCCGCUUUCUUGGACGUCGAGGUGAACAAGAUGCUGAAGAAGGUUCUGAAUGAGUGGGGAAAGUUCCUCCAGUCCCCCGAGUCGGCCCACGUGCUCGGCGACCACCGCCUCGGAUGGUUUGGAGAACACGGCAGAAGGGACCUCAUGCAGGUCGCAAACGCACCCCUCAAGACGGACCACAAGUUCGAAGACAUGUACAUCUGCGACCCAAGCAAGGACAAAUACGGCUUCACCUCCUGGGACGACUUCUUCACCCGCAAGUUGCGAGAGGGCGCGAGACCGGUGGCCUCCCCCGACGACGACAACGUGAUUGCGAAUUGCUGCGAGUCGCGGCCCUACGCGGUCGAGCGUAACGUCAAGCUGCGAGACAAGUUCUGGAUCAAGGGCCAGCCCUACUCCAUAGCGGACAUGCUGGCCAACGACCCGCUGUCGGAACAGUUCAAGAACGGCACAGUCUACCAGGCCUUCCUGUCGGCCCUCUCGUAUCACAGGUGGCAUGCGCCCGUCUCGGGGACGGUCAAGAAGGCGUAUGUCGUGGACGGGACGUACUUUAGCGAGCCGCUGUAUUCCGGCGGUGAUAUGAACAGCACCGAGGAACUGGCUCAGAUCAAGCAGGGCAUCUCGUCGGCGCAGGGCUACCUGUCCGCGUUGGCGGCCAGGGCAAUCAUCUUCAUCGAGGCCGACAACCCCGCGAUCGGGCUCAUGGCGUUUAUCGGCAUCGGCAUGGACGAGGUCAGCACCUGCGACAUCACAGUCAAGGAGGGCCAUCAUAUCAAGAAGGGCGACGAGACUGGCAUGUUCCAUUUUGGCGGCUCGACUCACUGCCUCAUCUUCAGGCCCGGCGUCAAUGUUGAGGGUUUCCCGGAGCCUGGCCGCAAGGAAAAUGUGGCUGUGAGGAGUCAGGUGGCGGUUGUCAAAUCUUAGAUCGGUGAUGUGAAUUUGUCCAUGGAACUUCAAAAGCGUGUUUUCUUGAUUUAAGAGCUGUGCUGUCGGUUGCUAUUGCUUGAAAAUGUUAUUAUCCAAUUGGCUGACCCGCCAUGUUUGUAUGUAAGAUCCUGUCAUUCGAAUUAGAACGCACUCGAGACCGUCGCCAAAUAAACCUGCAUCCAUUUACAUGUCCCACACUUCGUAGUCACAACGCA